GUAGUGACUGUUGAAACUCCAGCGAGCAACAGCAACUCAACUGUACGGAUGUAGACAUUAUGCGAAAGCGCAAAACAAAAGUGGAUAACAAAUAGAUUCAAUGGCCACUGGGCUUGAGCUGCUGGUUGCUGCUGCGCUCUGCGCAGCUUGUCCUGGUUUUAAUGAUACGCUGCCUGAUAAUUUAAUACGGAUCAAUGAGGAGGGCAAUAUGGUUACGGAGCUGCCCGUUGAUGUGGAGGCUGACAUGGCGGGUGUGACUGAUGAUGCGCCGGUGGAAACGCUGGAAACCAUACUCAAUAAAAAGGUUAAGCUGCGCGCUUUGCGGGAAUGGAUCAAUGGCCAACAUCUGCGCAUUGCAACGCUGGAGGAUUAUCCGCUGAGCUAUACAGAGCUGCUGGAGAAUGGCACGCGUGUGGGUCAUGGCGUCUCCUUUCAACUCAUUAACUUUCUACAGGAGAAGUUUAAUUUUACCUACGAGGUGGUUGUGCCGCAGGAUAACAUUCUGGGCUCCACCAUUGAUUUCGAUCGCAGUCUCGUUGAAAUGGUCAACAAGAGCGUAAGUAGCUUAAAACUAAAGCUUGUAGCCAUUAUUAUUAUUAUUACUAUUGAGUUGUUUGACUGGCUCUCCGUGGCAUGCACACCUCGCGGCGUUCGCGACGUCAAUGGCCAGCGGCUUAAAUUCCUGAGCUGCUGUGCACCCCUCGUUCUCGAAUCCUGGGUUUGGAUACUCAUCUUUGUCUCGCUGCUGGCCGUCGGUCCUAUUAUCUAUGUGCUGAUCAUACUACGAAAUCGUCUAUCCGGCGAUGGCGUGCAGCAACCCUAUUCGUUGGGCCACUGCGCCUGGUUUGUCUACGGCGCACUUAUGAAGCAGGGCAGCACUUUGUCCCCCAUUGCAGAUUCCACACGUUUGCUCUUUGCCACUUGGUGGAUAUUUAUAACCAUCCUGACCUCCUUCUAUACGGCCAACUUGACCGCUUUUCUUACACUAUCCAAGUUUACGCUGCCUUUCAAUACAGUUAACGAUAUUCUGACCAAAAACAAACAUUUUGUUACCAUGCGUGGUGGCGGCGUUGAGUAUGCCAUACGCACUACCAACGAAUCGCUGUAUAUGCUAAAUCCCAUGAUCAAGAACAACUAUGCAGUCUUUUCGGAUGCCACCAAUGAUACGUAUAAUCUGCAAAACUAUGUAAACCUCAAUGGAUAUGUUUUUGUGCGCGAUCGGCCAGCUAUAAAUAUAAUGCUCUAUAAGGAUUAUCUAUAUCGGAAAUCCAUCAAUCUUAAGGACGAAAAGGUGCACUGUCCCUUUGCGCUGGCCAAGGAGCCAUUUCUGAAGAAGAAGCGUGCAUUUGCUUAUCCUAUUGGAAGCAAUCUAAGUGAGCUAUUUGAUCCUGAAUUGCUCAAUUUGGUGGAGUCUGGCAUUAUAAAGCAUUUGUCUGCACGGCAGUUGCCCAGCGCGGACAUUUGCCCGCAGGAUUUGGGCGGCACGGAGCGGCAGCUGCGCAAUGGCGAUCUGAUGAUGACUUAUUAUAUAAUGCUAGCUGGCUUUGCUACAGCCUUUGUGGUCUUCACCACAGAGCUGCUGUUCCGCUACAUAAAUGGACGACACGAGGCCAACAAGUGGUCGCGUCAUGGCAUUGGACGCGCAACCAAUGGACGUUCGUUUAAACCCUCACGCUGGCUGCGUGCUCUGGGGCACAUUAAAGGCGGCGAGGGACAGCUCUUGGGCACUUCGACGCAUGCAAAUCAUGUGACACCACCACCGCCCUAUCAAAGCAUCUUCAAUCAAGGCGGCGGCGAGCAUCUGCAGCGCUGGCGACGUAAUCCGGGCUUGGUGCUGCCGGAUGAAAAGAAUGGCGCAGGCGUGCGGCGUUUGAUUAACGGACGUGACUAUAUGGUGUUCCGUAAUGCAGAUGGCCACAGCCAAUUGGUGCCGAUCAGAUCACCCUCGGCGGCCUUGUUUCAAUUUACCUAUACGGAUUAGCAAUAUUAAGUAUACGCACUAGU